GCUAUAUUAAGAAAGCGGCGAGGCACUUUAUAAAGAAGUUUGGGCUUAAAAGCCUUGGAAAAGGAAUGGUCGACAGCUGAGGCCGUGUCAACAGAGAGGACAGCUGGUGAACGCUUGACACAGGAGAUACAACUUCGAGCUGUUAUUUUAAUCUGUUGAACAGGCCUAUAUUGACUCUUUACUUUUAACGUUAGUUGUUCUGUAAAACCGAGCACAUGGCCGCUAUCCGAAAGAAGCUGGUGGUCGUGGGCGACGGCGCGUGCGGUAAGACGUGCCUGCUCAUCGUGUUCAGCAAGGACGAGUUCCCGGAGGUCUACGUGCCCACGGUCUUCGAGAACUACGUGGCCGACAUCGAGGUGGACGGCAAGCAGGUGGAGCUGGCGCUGUGGGACACGGCCGGCCAGGAGGACUACGACCGCCUGCGGCCUCUCUCCUACCCGGACACGGACGUGAUCCUCAUGUGCUUCUCCGUGGACAGCCCGGACUCGCUGGAGAACAUCCCGGAGAAGUGGGUGCCGGAGGUGAAGCACUUCUGCCCCAACGUGCCCAUCAUCCUCGUGGCCAACAAGAAGGACCUGCGCAACGACGAGAGCGUGCGCGGCGAGCUCGCGCGGAUGAAGCAGGAGCCCGUGCGCGCCGAGGACGGCCGCGCCAUGGCCGUGCGCAUCGGCGCCUACGACUACCUCGAGUGCUCGGCUAAGACCAAGGACGGCGUGCGCGAGGUCUUCGAGACGGCAACGCGCGCCGCGCUCCAGAAGAGGUCGAGGCCGCCCGGAGGCUGCGCGAACUGCUGUAAACUCCUGUGAGAGAGACCCUCUUCGGUCGAGACUCGGUGCUCCCUCCCUCACACAUGGAAGGGUUUUGAAGGGGUCUCCCGUCGCUGCCCUGCGCCAAGAAGCAUGGACACGGAGAGAGAAGGGCACCCUCCCCACCCCCAGUGUCUCUCUCUGUCUCUCUCUCUCUUUCUCUCUCGCUCUCUCUCCUUUUGUGCUUUAUUUUUGGCGCUGUGGCAGCCGAGACGUGCACAGACUCUCUCCACCAUCACCACCAGCAGCAGCAUGCUCUGUAUGAUUCGGUGCAUGGGUGGGUUUGGGUGCAGCUGCUACUACAAAGUACAGAACAAUAGGCUUAACACUGUAAACAGCCUUCUUUAUUACACGCAUAGGGCUUUUUAAAUAAUAAAAGACGCCUUGCCACUGCAAUGGGACAAGCCCUCACUGGAGAAGGUCAUCGGGAUGUGUGAUACUCUCCCGAAGAGUAGACUUGUUGUGCAAAAUGCUAGUCGCUGCCAGCUGUGGAGAGACUGCAGGGAGGGCAGCUGUGCUUUUGUUGCUCGAUGAGAGACUGGAUGCAGCACUAAGAGGGGGGAGAGGGGGGGAUGGGUGCGAGUGGUCAGUGUGCUCCGGGACUGUGUAUUGUGUUGCAAAAAAAGUCACCUCGCUUCAUUGUACGCACACACACGACUAAACGUUUUAGUGCGUUCGAGUUUGGGCCCAUGGUGGAAGAUCUGCAUGCUAGCCCAGCAUUGUCUGCCUCUAUUUUUUUUUACUGUUAUUGUUUUUUUUUUUUGCACUGGGUGUCCAUGCAGUCUGAUUCCCCACCCUAGCGUUCGGUAAACUUUAGCUCCUCUGCUUGAGCACCACGAACGAAGUUUGUCACGAUUGCACUGAAAGCAUUUGUGGACUGCCUUUUUUAAAAGAAAGUGGGAGAAUUGUCCCCCUUUAACGAGCCACGAGCCCUUCAGCUUUGCGUUAGAGAACAGGAAACACUAAGACCCUCUGUUUCAGAGAAGGUUGAUGAAGUUAAGCUCUGUACAUCUAAAAGACUUUUAUAUUUCUGAAUGCCUGUGGUACCAUUAACUUCAGUUUUAAAAUGACUGACGUGGUUCAGCUCCAAGUCGUUGGCUAUCAUGUUUACAGUAACCCAGCAAAGGAACAUUUCUGUUAAAUAAAAUAAAAGUAUUAAAUGUUCAAUUGCAAUACACGUUUGUGUCUUGUGUUCAUGUAUAAGUGCACAUAAACCUUUAAAACGUA